AUGCUGUACUUCCUGAUCCUUGCCCUGGGGCUCCUUGGUCUGCUUGGUCCUGCGACGUCUACGCAUCAUCCAGAUGACCAGUUCCCACUCCUUCGCCACGCCACUGGCAGAAAUGUCAGUGUCGCCUUGUUCUCCGAGCUGGAAGAACUCGCCAGGAUUGUUGAUAUAUCCUACUGCGUUGGUCUGACGAGCUUCGGAAUAUCAAAACCCUUCAGAUGUCUGUCGCGAUGCACGGACUUUCCGCAGUUUGAGCUGGUCACCACAUGGAAUACUGGGCCUCUUCUCUCCGAUUCUUGCGGCUAUAUCGCGCUCGAUCAUGGCAAGCAGAGGAUCAUCGUCGCCUUCCGUGGGACGUAUAGCAUUGCCAAUACGAUCGUGGACCUGAGUACUGUGCCGCAAAAGUACGAGCCUUACCCGGGCGAAGGUGAUGGAGGAGAUGCGACGGCUGCGGUAGACGUGUCGAAGGACAUACUUCAGGGCAUCAAAGGUCCAUUCAAACGAGCUCUGCCAACUCCGAGCGAACCCAAGUGCUUGAAUUGUACCGUUCACUACGGCUUCCACAGCAGCUGGCUCAAUACACGCAAGCGAAUCCUAGUUGACCUGCAGGAACAGAUCUUUCUGUAUCCGAACUACAAGCUGAAUCUGGUCGGUCACAGUCUAGGCGGUGCCGUUGCUGCUCUCGCAGGUCUGGACUUCCUAGCCCGUGGAUGGGCUCCUACGGUAACAACAUUCGGCGAGCCUCGCCUUGGGAAUAUCAAUCUCGUCAAUUACAUUGACGACCGUUUCAAUCUCACAUCCGCAGCUCCUGAGCAGGAUACUGAAAUCAGGUACCGCAGGGUAACACACGUUGAUGACCCCGUACCACUACUGCCACUUACUGAAUGGGGCUACGCCAUGCAUGCAGGUGAGAUCUAUAUCUCGAAGCCGGAUCUAUCUCCCGAUAUCACGGACGUGGAAAUGUGCAACGGCGACGUUGACCCUGGCUGUAUAGCCGGGCAAGACUCCACAGCUUCCAGCCAGAACCCGAACCAUGGUAUAGUGACGCCACAGGGUCUGAGGAGAGACAUGAACACAAACGCGCACAAGCGAGAUCUCUUGCAAUCCGUCAAGGGCGAGAUUCACGAAGCUCGUACGGAGCCACGGGGCAUACCAUCGCGGUACAAGCUGUGGCAGCUAUUCUUCGCGCACAGAGAUUACUUCUGGAGAUUAGGUCUUUGUGUCCCAGGUGGCGAUCCUUUGGGUGGCGGAAGCAAGUACGAGCAUGCCAAAGAAGAUCUGUGA